AUGACGUGCAUGUCAAACAUUGCAAUUAGACACAAUAUCCAAUUUAAGAUUAUCAAAUCAAGCACAACAAGAUAUUCACUGGGAUGUUUGGACAACAACUACAUGUGGCAGUUUCAUGCCUCGAAGAUUGCAAAUUCUUUGCUCUUUCAGGUUACUACAUAUGAAAAGGCUCAUAGUUGCUCAGUUGAUUUCAUAACGUUCGACCACAGGAAUGCAACAUCAAAGGUCAUAUGUGACUACAUACUAGAGCUCGUGCAUGACUCUAGUAAUGUAAUCAUACCCACCUUUAUGGUAGAUGAAAUGAGAAGGAAAUACGAAAUCAUCAUAUCCUACAACAAAGAAUGGCAAGCAAUACAGCAUGCCUAUAAGGUGAUAAGAGGAACUGCGGAAGAGAACUACAACAGGUUGCCAUCGUAUCUUCACAUGAAGAAAGAAAACAACCCAAAAAUGUACACAAACAUAAAGAGGGACGAUGAGAACAGGUUUCAAUAUGCAUUCUUUGCUUAUGGCGCUUCAAUCAUUGGAUGGACCAACUAUAGACCGAUAAUAAUGAUAGAUGCAAUAUUUUUGAAGGCAAAAUAUCAUGGUUUCCUCAUGAUAGCAGUGUCAAAGGACGGAAACAACAAUAUAUUUUCUUUGGCUUUUGGAAUUACAGACUCAGAAAAUAAUGAGUCUUAUAACUGGUUCUUCAAUCAGUUAAUACAUGUAAUUGGGGUAGACCCCAUUGAUGCAACAACAUUUGUUGUAAGAGAAGAAGGAGUUGAAUAUUUUGUAAACCUGAAGAGUAGGACUUGUCAAUGCUUGGCAUCGGAAUCAAGUAAUCAGGAAGAAGGGUGGGUGGUGUGCUGUGUGUUCAAGAAGAAGAAUUACCAUAAGACUCUUGACUAUCAGCAGAACUCUCCAGAAACUGAAAAUUUAAGCUUCGUAGGAGGGGAUAUGUUUCAGUCUACUCCCCAUGCUGAUGCUACUUUGCUUAAGGUUGCGUUAGAAUAA